AUGCGUGGCUCCACUAUGGAUGUCUUGCGUAGGUGCUUGCUGAUGGCUGCGACUCUGGAUAUUGAUCUGUCGCCAGUUUGGAUACCGUCGAAUGAAAACUCUCUAGCGGACGCUCUUUCAAGGUAUCAAAUGAGCAGGAUUACUGACCUUUGUCCACAGCUCAACACUCUCACGCUCCCCCGGAGUCAUGCACCUACCACCAGACGAAAUUACGCUUCAGCCCGUCAACGCUACCUUGACUUCUGUACCAUGAACAAUUUCAAGCACGGUCUCCCCCGAAUAGGAAGUGGACGACAGAUGAAGGCCAUCGCAUCUGCAGGAGCAGGACCGACGAUCAAGGUGAAGACAUUGAAGUCAUACCUCGGAGGUUUGAAAUCCUGGCACAUUGACUUAGGGGCAGACAUAUCUGGAUUCGGAGAUUCACGUCUAGAACGGCUGCUAGACGGCAUAAAAAGGGAACAUUCCGAACCUUUUCGCCGGGAUAGAACUCCACUUACUCGGCAAUACCUCCUCCGGAUAUUGCGGGUGUUGAAUACUGGAGUAGAUGACUAUUCUACAGCAACAUUGAGAGCGGCUAUUACGCUUGCUUUUGCAGCCUUCCUAAGAUCGGGGGAGAUCACAUACACAGCGCAGAAUCUUGAAUUGGGGUCGGCAUUCCGAAACUACCACGUUACCAAAAGCUCUAUCAGAAUUGCGGCGGACGAAUCCUAUCUGGAACUUUCCCUACCUGCAUCAAAAGGUGAUCCAUUUCGACAGUCUGUUCAGAUUCUUGUCGCUGCAACCGGAGAUGAAGCCUGUCCGGUGAGGGCAAUGGUGCAGCUACUGGAAAAGGACAGCACACGGUCGGCACUUGCACCCCUAUUCACCUCCGACAUGAACAAGCCAUUUACCCGUGACUAUCUUGUCAAAAGCCUCAGAACAUUGGCAGUCCGGGCCGGGCUGGAACAGCUGGCGUGGCAUGGCCAUUCAUUCCGCCGGUGA